AUGUCUAAAUCUAGAGAUACAGAGAUAAAGUUGUUUGGGAGGACAAUUACAUCUCCUUUCGCUGUGAAUCGUUAUGAUCCGUCGUCUUUGUCCUCUGUUCACGGUGAUUCCGAUCAGAGCAAGGAUGCUUCUUCUUCGUCUUCCUCUUCUUCUUGUUCUCCUACGACUGGACCAGACAAGGUUCUUGCUAAGAAAAGCGAGCAAGACAAUAGCAGAUUCAAAGAUCCUUACAUAUUAUCCGAUCUUAACGAACCGCCGAAAGCAGCAUCAGAGAUUUCAUCACCAAGAAGCUCCAAUACCAACGGCGACCAACAGAGCGAGGUCACAACAACUACAUCAGAAGAUAAACCAACGACUCUCAAGAAACCGGACAAGAUUCUUCCGUGUCCGAGAUGCGAGAGCGCAAACACAAAGUUCUGUUACUACAACAACUACAACGUGAACCAGCCACGUUACUUCUGCAGGAACUGUCAGAGAUACUGGACAUCUGGCGGAUCCAUGAGGAACGUCCCCGUAGGCUCAGGUCGCCGCAAGAACAAAGGAUGGGCUUCUUCGAACCAUUACUUGCAGGUCACUUCUGAGGAUUUUGAAGACAGCAGCAACAACAACAACAACAAUAACUCGGGAACGAUCCUCAGUUUCGGUUCUUCAGAAUCUUCGGUCACCGAGACUGGUAAGAAUCAGACAGGAGAUGCAAAGAUAACCGCUGAUUCACCUUCUCCUCAAGAACACAAAACCCACCAGGGGUUUCUUCCUCCGCAAGUUAUCUUUCCGAAUAAUGCUUCUCCUUGGCCUUACCAAUGGAGUCCAACGGGUCCUAAUGCUAGUUUCUACCCUAUCCCUUUCUAUUGGGGCUGCACGGUUCCUAUAUGGCCUACCUCAGAGACUUCACCAUGUUUGGGGAAACGAUCAAGAGAUCAAACUGAAGGAGGAAUCAAUGAUGCUACUACUACUACAACAAGAGCAAGAUUGGUUUCAGAAUCUCUAAGAAUUAGCGAAGCUACUAAGAGUGCUAUGACAAAACCCGAGAAAAAAACAGAAGGUUUCAGUUUGUUCAAUGGAUUUGAAACAAAGGGUGGCAACAGAAGAAGCUUGGUCCCUGAAACGUCUCUCAGUCUACAAGCAAACCCUGCAGCGAUGUCUAGAUCUAUGAACUUCAGGGAGAGCAUGCAACAAUAA